CUGAGGUUGGAAGGUAAAUACCGGGAAGCCAUCUUGGAAGAGGGAUCCAAGACCUUUCGUUUGCUACCAAACAUGGGUAGGUUUCUUUGUUUUUCUAGACAUCAAGGCUUUUUUUUCAGCCGCUUUUUGUCCCGAUUCCUCUUAUUCGAAAAGGUGUCUUUUUUUGCCUCCAUUCAUUUCCGCCUGUUUCUGUUAAAAUGUGUUUAUUUUACUUUCAUAGCAUUAACAGUGGGUCAAAUGUUGAUCGUAUGGUUUUGGAUUUUUGAAAAAGAAGCGUACGUCCUGAGGGCUCACUGAAAUUUGACUGUGUAAUUUUGCAUGUAUUGCCAAACAGAUCAACUGUUCUGAGAAGGCCAGGCAGCUUACCGACCACGAGUUUUCUCGUGCGUGAUUACGAGUAAUAUAAAAUACAUAAGCGUAAGCUAAAAUAAAAUGAAUGGCAUGAAUAUAUUAAAUGUGCAAACUUGGUAAGCAAGUACGUUUCUGCAGUUUAACUUGAUUUUGUUUAUCAUAUGACCUUACGCUUUUUAUGCUUAAGAACUAUUUUUAGCGUAAAUGAAUAUAUAUAAACAGUAGUAAACAAUUGUGGCUGGUGUACAAACUGUUGUAACUUGUCCCUAUACAAGGCCUAGUUUAAUUUGGCUGAGUUCAAUAGAAGUUCAGCACAGGUCGGAUUUAUGUAUGCCGCACGCUGCAUGUAAUUCAUAAAAGAGUAAUGUCUACUGUUACUUCAACACAGCAUAAAUUCAACAUUUGAAUCAGUGCCACAUUUCAGUCAGGUACUGCAACACAUCCUGUGUCGACAACAUCCUGUGUCAUUAAUUUCAAAUUGUGAUACUUAUACGCUCUUACUUUUUAUUGCAUCUAGUUUACCAGCAUGUCAAUGCUUGAACCACUGUGCGACCUAAGUCGGUGAAGAGAUUAAUUUCUGCUGUUUGUUUUGGUACCAAACGCCAGUAAGUACUUUCUUUUUUGGACAGCCUAGCCAUAUAAUUAAGGCUGCCUUUUCACAUAUUAACUUCCAGUUUUUACAGGUGUAUUCUUUGCCUUCAUUCAUUUUCUUUUGUUGUCAUUAGAAUUUCAUAGUUUUGCUUUUGUAGCUUUUGUAGCUUUCACAGAAUGUCAAUGUUUUGUCGUAUGUUUUUUGUUUUUUCGAAAAACAAUUUUGUGCAGCUAUUUUUCUUCAUAAAUCUUAUUGUAGUUUUCCACUUGACAGUAAAUCGUUAUUGUUUUUGUACAACUGAAUCGCACAUUUGCGUGAUCGCACUCACGUCUGGUUUUUUUUUUCUUACCACAUUUGGGUCAUGAAAAAGUUCUGGAGGAUGAUGAGUUGGAGAAUAAAGAUUUAGAUAUUAAGAGUGAAGAAAUAGAAGAAGGUGCCUUUGAGAACAACAAUUUGUUAGCAGAAAUUCUCAAACAAUCCCUACAAAGACUCGGAAAGGGUCUUGUAAAUGGCAAAUAUUUUGUCAGUGCAAGUGUGGAAAUGUUGGUUCUGCUUUAUGACUUGAUUCGAAACCGCACUUGAACAAUCUCUUCAAAGACUUAGAAAGACACCAAAAUGGGCAGCCCUCAAUAUCUAAGGUCCUUUCCAUGUCUACAGAGAACCAUGGCAGAAUGUGGCCCAAGGAUGAGGAAGUACAGGAGGUUUCAAGUGGGUGCCUUUAUGGCGGUGCAUAAGCAGAAAAGGGAAGAAGCAGUCAGGCAGUCUGAGAAAAUUAUUGCAGAAAAUCUUAAAAUUGCAGAAAAGGUGAAAGAGCUGAGAGCCAAGAAGCAAAAGUUAGAACGUCUGGAAACAAAGGUAAUAUAUGACUGUAUAAUAGGCAUGUUAAGAGCAUGUCAUAACUCCCAGCAUCAUUGAAACAGCUUCUUUUCUAUAACUGUUAAGGACUGAGAUGAGAGCAUAGAACUCCCAGUAUUUUAAGUUCUGCUCUUAAUAUCCCCACAAUGUUUUUUUUUUAAUUUUCUUUUAGAGUGAAAUGAAAUCAACCUGGACCUCCCAACAUUUUUUCAAAACAAAAGAUCUGCCAUUUUCAAACUCACAGUUGAAGUUGUCUAUUACUGAGAUUGGUCUGCUGAUGAAAAAAACUCCAGAUCUUUUGCUCUGAAGUUGUCUUGUGAUUUGCUUGAAACAUUAGGUGACCCAGGUUGAAUUGUUUCACUGUAAUUGCAUUUAGGUUGAACAUGUAGUCAGAGAGCUAGAGCAGACAGGAGAGAUAGCUAGUGAGCUAGAGUGCAAUGUAACAACACCUUGCAAGAAAGGAAGAUAUCUAUCAGAGAAGUCUAUUGAGCAACGUAAAAAGAACCCAACAAGCUUGGAUGCUUUAAGUCCAUCUGUAGGUAGAAAGAGGAGGUGUGAGUUAUUUGAAGCUGCUUGCCAGAUAAAUGGAGGUCAGAAUAAAAAUAAUUCGAGGGAACCUGCAGAAGUUGGCCUGUGUGAAACAACUGCAAAGAAGUGCACAGAAAAGACGAUGAUUAAAGUAUUUUCUAAAAGUAAAAAGAUUACUGAAAAGGUUAUACCAAAAUUGUACAAGAAAGAGUUAUCAGCUUUUGAGGAAUCCGAUACCAACAUGUUACGUAGUGUUGCUGUUUACUAUAGUGGGUGUGUUAUGGAGAAGCGAAAAUAUCGGGCAACUUAUAGGGAUAGCAGUUAUGCAAAAAAAAACUCUAAGGCUGUGCGCAUUGCAGUUAAUUCUUGCCAUCUCCCCAGGCUUGUCCCUUACAACAAGCUUAUGCCUUUUAUCAAGUCCAUUGACAUUGGACAACUGUACAGUGUUAGGGAUACUCUCUGCUAUGGUCUAGAAGAGGAGGAGAAAGCAGAUGGUAUGUAUCUUGACAUCAAACAGUUACUCCUUUCUCUUGCAAAAUUUUAUCUUUCUCAGAGUAGGUACCAGCUGAUUUGGUUUCAAGAGCAAGUAAACACUUUUCAUGUUUCACCUGGAGGUGAUGGGGCUCUAUUUGGGAAGGACGACAUGGCUUGUGCUUGGCUUGUGAGUUUACUGAAUAUAGGUAGAGGGGUUUUAAGUAGCAAUGAGAAUUUCCUUUUGUUUGGAGCAAACUGUAGGAAGACUGUGUUCCAGUGUCACGCUUUCUCAAGAAGCUGGUGA